AUGGCAGCAAAAGCAACAACUUCGUCCUCCGCCAACACCACCUGCACCACCACCACCACCACCACUAACAACAACCACAACAACUUCAACAACAACAACAUCAACAACAACAACACGUCAUUGACGUUAGUGAACACACCCCCUUCGCUACACCACCCCUCCCAUACGUCAUCACACUUAUCGUCUUCGUCGUCCUCGUCACCGUCAUCAUCACUAUCAUCAUCGCUGUCACUAACAUCGCCGUCAUCAUCGUUAUCAUCGUCAUCAUCAUCACUGUCAUCGUCAUCACCGUCAUCGUCAUCAUUACUGUCCUCAGUGAAUCCGUCUUCGAACUGUUCGUCAUUGUCCACUUUGUCUCUACACAUUCCGGGUAACAACAACAACAACAACAACAACGCUGGCUGUAACAGUAGCAAUAGUAAUAGUAGUAGCAGCAGUAACAGUAGUAGUAGUAGUAGUAGUAGUAAUAGUAGCAAUUGUAAUAAUAACAAUAGUAAUAAUAAUAAUAAUAGUAGUAAUAAUGGCAGUAGUGGUGGUGUUAGCAAUGGUAAUAUUAACGGUAUGGGUGUGAUGGGGAUAGUAGGAGUUUGCGGCGGUGGUGGUGGUGGAGGUAGUGGUGGUGGUAGCGUCGGAAGUGAUAGCAUUGGGAGCAGCCGCGACGGCAGUGGUAGUGAGGGGGUUGGGGGCAUGGGUUGUAACAACAGCAACGGUGCAGGUAGUUUUGACUGUGAAGGCAAUGUGGGCGGAGGUAAUCAUCACCACAGCCACCACAACAACACUCUCAACAAUAACAACCACAACAGUCCCCAUAACAACAACAACAACAACAACACGACGUCGCUGGCGGGUGCAGUGAGUGCGGCGGCGGCAGCGCGAUCAGCCGUGGCCGCUGCUGCAGCGGCGGCCGCUUGUGCGGCUGCGCACGCUGCCGCUGCCGCCGCUGCAGAGCCGGUGACAGGCAGGACAACACCCUCGUGCCCGACCGGUUCAGUUGGAAGCAUGGCUGCAGGAGGUGGUGUCACAACACCUUUCCUUAAAUUUGGAAUGAACGCAAUACUGGCACCGGACACAACACCGAAACAAGAUGGCAUCCAUACAACAGUAAUCCCAACAAGAAUUUGGCAAGGUUCAGCUGCAGCCAUCAACACUUCCGUCAGCGCUUUCAGUAGCUGCCACCCGUCUUUGUCAUCACUCACAUCUGUAGCAUGCAGCAAGUCCUCGUGUACUUUGGGCAACCAAGGUAUCACAUGUGCUGGAUGCAAUCCUCGAGGUGCCACUCUCUACGAGAGCCAUCUACAAGGGAUUGUCAGACACCCUUAUUUUUCAGCAACGCCUUUACUCCCUAUACCGAAUACGUUUUCGUUUUUGAACAACAUCCGAGGAAAACCUCGCCGUGGAAUGCUACGAAGAGCUGUAUUCUCUGACCUUCAGCGUAAAGGAUUGGAGAAAAUGUUUCAAAAACAAAAAUAUAUUAGCAAACCAGACCGCAAAAAGUUAGCAGCCAAACUGGGGCUGAAAGAUUCACAGGUAAAAAUAUGGUUCCAAAACAGAAGAAUGAAAUGGCGAAAUUCGAAAGAAAGAGAACUUUUAUCUUCGGGUGGUACCAGAGAAUCUACAUUACCUAACAAAAAUAAUCCAAAUCCUGAUUUGAGUGAUGUUGGUAAAGGUGACGAAUCCGAUGACAUAGAGGGAUCGCCAAAAAACGAUAACUCUAAAGACCUAGAUUCCAUUUCCAGAGAAUUAAGUCCUUCGGCACAUAGUCCAACGUCUUCCUUCCAAGAAGAACACAAUUUGGACAUAAAUAUCUCCGAAAGUGACAGCGAAGAUGAAGAAAUCAAUGUAUCGUAAAAAGGAUGUGAAUACGGCAGACGAUUGGGAUAAGAAAAGAGAGGAAAAAUAAUGACUACAACUGAAAUAUGACAGUUUCCAAGUCAUUCAAUUGGUUUAUGAUUUCAUCCUUUUAUAUCGAUCCAAUUUUUUUCUGGACAUAUCAAGGAAAACAUCAAUUGAAAUAGAAACAUCUAUGACAUUUCUUUGAUUCUAAAGAAAAAACAAGAAUUUCUGUCAAAGACAUUAUUUUUAUUUAUUUCAUUUUU